AUGGAGCAGCUCUCUGACAUGCUAUUAAUCACCUUCUUUGAAACAACUGUAGAAAAGAUAUUGGGCUAUGAUGGAAGGCUGCGCCGUGCACCUCCUUUUCUUGGGGAAAGAGCUGCUGGACUCGUGCAGCGAUGGCAGUCGGGGCGGGCCGUCGAGACUGCUCUUCCACAGAGGCAGCAGCAGCUGGUGGCAGCAGCCCAUGACCUUCCUCCACCUCCAAUGCAAUGUAUAAAAGAAUAUACUGAUGAAAAUACCUGCAAAGGCCUGGCUCCAAAGCCACCUCCACCUGUGAAAGACAGUUAUAUGAUGUUUGGUAAUCAGUUUCAAUGUGAUGAUCUGAUUAUUCGACCCUUGGAGAGAUGGGGUAUUGAACGGUUACAUCCUAUGCAGUUUGAUCACAAGAAGGAAUCAAGAAAACUUAAUACGUCUAUCCUGGUCAACUUUUUGGACCUCUUGGAUACCCUCAUAAGGAGUCCAGAGAGUAUAAAGCCAGAGGAGGAACUGGAGGACUUAAAACUGCUUUUUGUUCACGUCCAUCAUCUUAUAAAUGAGUAUUGCCCUCACCAGGCUUGGGAGACGCUGAGAGUCACGAUGGAGGUGCAGAAAUGUCAGCGUUUGGAAACAGCAGAGCGAUUUCAGAAGCACUUAGAGCGAGUUGUAGAGAUGAUUCAGAACUACCAGGCUUCCUUGCCUGAUGAUCAUCUGCCUCAUUCAGAGGGAGGGCUGAGAGUGAAAGUGGAGCCAAUGGGUCCUGAAAACGUCACCAAUUGUAUUGGACAGAGCGAAAAGCAGAGAGGGCAUUCUGGUGGCACGAGAGAUCAGGUUUUAGACAAAGGUGCAGUUAAGUGUAGCAUUAUUGAUGAAAUGACAUGA